AUGUGGAAUGUGUCUUCAGUAGUCUCUUCUUUCUCAAAUCUUACAGUAGCAUAUGCAGCCAUGACCGAUCAAAAUGCUUUUAAAUCUCAUUCCUUUGGUUUUCGAGGAAAUCGAGCCUCUUAUUCACGAGGAGGUGGUCACAGAGGUGGUAGAUCUUUUUGUGGUUCUCAUAAUAGAAGAGGUGGUCAUAGAGGUGGAAAUGGCAACCAACAUUUUUCUCAGCAAUUAAUUCAACCCUCCUAUCAUUCACCUUCAUCUUUAGUUUGUCAAAUUUAUGGCAAGCCUAAUCAUACUGCCCUUACCUGUUGGUAUAGAUUGGACACUUCCUUUCAGCCUUCAUCUUCUUCCUCUAAACCUACUUUUGUUGCUUCUUCUACCUCCAAUUCCUCAUCUCUAUCAGCACAUUGCCUUACUAUGGUCGAGAUCAUGUCACCAAUGGCAAUGGUUAAUCCCUUCCAAUCCAACACACAAGUCAAGUUAACUUCUGAUAAUAAUUGCACUAUCACAUUUGAUAAUCAAUCUUUUGUGAUUCAGGACAAGAUCACCAAGAAACCUCUAUAUAGAGGUGCUCAUCGUCAUGGUCUCUAUCAGUUGCCUUCCAGUUUUCCAUUAUCUCCACAACUUGCUUCAUCUGUUUCUCCUACUUUUGUUGCUACACAUUCUCCAUCUACUCCUAUGAGUCAGUCUCCUAUCUCUGCUUCUCUGUCUUCGACAUCUCUGCCUCCAUCAGGUUCUGCUGCUCUAGUUUCCUCUACUGUUGCACCUACUCCGUGUUCUACUGCUGCACCUGUUCUAUGUCCUCCUGCUAUCACAAUUCCCUCUACUGCUGCACCUGUUUUGUGUCCUACUGAUGUCCCUCCAACUAUGGUUUCUACCAAUCCUGUUUUAGCUACUCCAUCAUCUUCUACUAUUCCUAUUGGCUCUCUUAUUGUUGAUCUCAGUUCUUAUUCCGGUUCAGCUCCUCCUUCAACUCCUCUUCCUUCUCCUUAUCUAGCUCCACCUCCUACUCAAGCUCCUCUUAACUCUCAUCCCAUGAAAAACUCUGAUGGCACUAUUGCUAGACAUAAAGGUCGCCUGAUUGCUAAGGGUUAUUUGCAAGAGGAAGGAAUUGAUUAUCAUGAAACCUUUAGUCCUGUUGCCAAACAACCUACCAUUCGAGUGUUUCUCAGUCUUGCUCUCUAUUUCAAUUGGUCCAUUAACCAGUUAGAUAUUUCUAAUGCCUUUUUGCAUGGUGUGCUUGAUGAAGAGUCAGUCAUUUUGUUAUUGGUUUAUGUGGAUGACAUCCUGAUUGCUGGCAAUGACUCUCGGCAAAUUGCUACUUUGAUCAAGCACAUGCAUUCAGCAUUUUCUAUGAAGGAAUUGGGUCAUAUUUCUUACUUUAUUGGCAUCUCUGUUCACUCCACUGUUGAUGCCUUCUUUUUAUCUCAUCACAAGUAUGUAACUGAGAUUCUUGUCAAGGCUGGUAUAACUAAUUGCGAGUUCUAUUCUUCUCCCAUGGCCACCAAAUCUUAUCCUUCUCAUGACACUCUAGUUCCUUUCUCUCAACCCAAUCUUUACAGAAGUGUUGUUGGAGCUUUACAGUAUCUCACCAUUACUCGGCUGUAUCUCACCAUUACUCGGCUUGAGCGCUCCUUUGCUAACAAGCCCUUUGGAUCUUUCGAUUUUGAUUGGGCUGGUAGUGUUCUAGAUCAUAAAUCUACUACUGGAUAUUGUGUGUUUCUCGGUGAUAAUAUUGUUUCUUGGACUGCCAAAAAGCAAUGCAUAGUCUCACGUUCCUCCACUGAGGCAGAGUAUCGCGCUCUUGCUUAA